GAUACUGUGUUGAAAGUGCCUGCAGGUUUUGGCUACAGCAUUGUUUGUGUGUUGUCGCAUUCACUCUUUCAUUCCCCUCAUUGAUCUUUCCUUCAUUGAUUUUGGCCGUUGGUCAUUCCUCCCAUCCCUUGUGCCUCCUAGCGAAGUCUUGACUUUGGGAAGUUGCAAGUUCUCUCCUUCUGACUGGAUCGCGUGACGAAUUCCGCUUCAUCAUCCGAUCUCUCGUUUGGUUCCUUUGGCUCAGCACUGGUUGCUGAACUUUCUCAUUGCCCACCUGUCUGCCAGCCAGCCGGGUAUAUUACUGUCCUACCCCACGUUUCGAUUGUCUCUGCAGGUUCAGGGUCAAUCGUCGACUUAUAGACCAUGGCUGUUCUCAACACGUUCAUGAUGCUCUUCGCAGCGCACCUGCUGCUGCUGCUCGGCCUUCCGGCCGGGCUCGUCUCUGCUGUCCCCUUAAAGAGUGGCUUGGAAGCCCGCGGGGAGUUGAAGGGUCGUGACUCGAGCUACUGGGUCGCUGAUAUAACACGUCAGGGAAGCGUGCCGUUCGGCAACAGUUCUAGCUACCAGAUCUUCCGCAACGUUAAAGACUUUGGCGCUACGGGUGAUGGCUCGACGGACGACACCGCUGCUAUCAACAAGGCGAUCUCCUCCGGUAACCGUUGUGGUCAGGGCUGCGAUUCCUCGACAACCACCCCUGCUCUGGUGUACUUCCCGCCCGGCACUUAUGUUGUGUCGACCCCCAUUAUCCAGUACUACUACACGCAACUGGUCGGUGAUGCCAACGACCUGCCCGUCCUCAAAGCGGCUGCCGGUUUCACUGGUAUGGCGGUGAUCGAUGCUGACCCCUACACCAACACUGGCGCCAAUUGGUACACCAACCAGAACAACUUCUUCCGUGCCAUUCGUAACUUCGUCAUCGAUCUCACUGCCAUGCCCCAGUCCUCCGGUGCCGGUAUCCACUGGCAAGUUGGUCAAGCCACCAGUCUUCAGAACAUCCGCUUUGAGAUGAUCCAGGGCGGCGGUAACGCCAACAAGCAGCAAGGUAUCUUCAUGGACAACGGAUCGGGCGGCUUCAUGUCCGAUCUGACCUUCAACGGAGGCAACUAUGGUGCCUUCCUGGGCAACCAGCAGUUCACGACGCGCAAUCUCACUUUCAAUGGUUGCAACACUGCCAUCUACAUGAACUGGAACUGGGCCUGGACCUUCAAGUCGGUCACCAUCAACAACUGCGGGGUCGGUCUCAACAUGUCCGCCUCCCCCUCGAACCAGACCGUGGGCUCUGUCUUGAUGCUGGACAGCACGUUCUCUAGCACUCCCAUUGGUAUCGUGACGGCUUUCAGCUCUGACAGCAUCCCGACCGGCGGUGGUGCUCUGGUGCUCGACAACGUUGACUUUACCGGUUCCAGCGUUGCCGUGGCUAGUGUUUCCGGUAGCACAAUCCUGGCCGGUGGCUCUGUCAUCGACAACUAUGUUCAGGGUAACGCCUACACUCCCUCGAGCACCCUCAAGAAGCGCUCUCCUGCUGUCGAGGUCAUCGUGCAGACGAUCACACAGACGAUCGAGGUUUGUCCCGCCGAGUACACGUCGACAUCGCUUGCCUCCGAAUACCAUUCGGCCGCUACCCAAGCUACCGUCAACGGUGCUGAUGCGACUGCCGCAACGGACCGUCUCCCUCACACUGGUUACUCGUGGGGCAGCUCCGGCAGUAGUGCCACUGGUCAGACCUGGACUUCCGCCGUCGAGACUGCUGCCGCCCAACCAUCGAGCUACGAAUCUGGAUCUGGUGCCGAGCAGUCUUCGCCCGCAGCUGGGUCAACCGGGUCUAGCUCUCAGCAAUCGGCUCCGGCCGGUGGCUCCUCCGGCUCCGCUUCACAAGCCAGCUCUGGUGCCCAGCAGUCGUCUCCUGCUAGUGGAUCUUCCGGCUCUGGAUCGUCUGGCUCGAGUGUUCAGCAGUCGUCUCCUGCUAGUGGGUCUACCGGCUCUGGGUCGUCUGGCUCGAGUGCCCAGCCGUCCUCUGCGGCCGGCGGAUACUCUGGCAGUUCUGGCAGCUCUACCCAUGUCCAAGGAUCAUCUGCAGCUGUGGCUUCCUCCGCCGCCGCGACGUCUGCUCAUGCUUCCUCUGGCGCUGCCGCGUCUGGCACUUGCUCUUACAAGACCGUCACCAAGACCCGUCUUGAGACCACUGUCGCAGCCCCUGCGAAGCCCAGUGCUCUCUUGAACAGUGAUGGCUCAUUGUUUGAGAAGUCCAAGCCCCUUUAUGAGAGUUACUCUGCUUCGUCCUUCGUCAGCGUCAAGUCCGCUGGCGCCAAGGGUGACGGGUCCACCGAUGAUACCGCUGCAAUCCAGAAGGUCUUGGACGAGUGCACCGAUGAUCAAAUCAUCUAUUUCGACCACGGCGCAUACAUCAUUACCGACACGCUCAAGGUCCCCAAGAACGCCAAGAUCACUGGUGAGAUCUGGCCCAUGCUCAUGGCUUAUGGUGACAAGUUCUCCGACGCCGAAAACCCGAUCCCCAUGCUCCAGGUCGGCGAGGUGGGCGACGUCGGCUCUGUUGAAAUCAGCGAUCUGAUUGUUGAGACCAAGGGCCCCGCUCCGGGUGCUAUCCUCAUCCAAUGGAACGUCAACGCCGAGUCCCAGGGCUCCGCCGGUAUGUGGGAUGUUCACGCCCGUAUCGGUGGCUCCGCAGGCACUGAGCUCCAGAGCGAUACCUGCACCAAGACGCCUGACCAGACCACCACCCCCGACUCCGACUGCGUCGGUGCUUUCCUCCUGUUCCACGCCACUGAGCAAUCCAGCGUGUAUCUCGAGAACACCUGGUUCUGGACCGCUGACCACGAGCUCGACCUGUCCGACCACAACCAGAUCAACAUCUACAAUGGCCGUGGAGUCCUCCUCGAGACUCAAGAGUCCGCGUGGUUGUAUGGUACCGCUUCUGAGCACAACCAGCUCUACAACUACCAGGUCGCCAGUGCCAAGAAUGUCUUCAUGGGUCUCAUCCAGACCGAGACGCCCUACUACCAGGCGAACCCCAACGCCCUUACUCCGUUCACCCCCAACUCCACCUGGAACGACCCCGAUUUCUCCUACUGUACCACCGAUUCCUGCCGCAAGGCCUGGGGUCUCCGUAUCCUCGACAGCUCGGAGACCUAUGUCUACGGGGCGGGUCUGUACAGCUUCUUUGAUAACUAUUCGCAAACCUGUCUCGACACCGAGUCCUGCCAGGAGAAUAUGGUGGAGGUGGACUGUUCGGACGUGCACAUCUAUGGUCUCAGCACCAAGGCCAGUACGAACAUGGUGACUUCGGCGAGUGGAGAGACGUUGGUGCCUCAAGAAGGCAACGAGAGCAACUUCUGCUCGACCAUCGCGUUGUUUGAGUUUUCGUCUUCUUGAAGUCCUGUGUUUACUCUAUUUAGUGGU